CGCUUGAACACACACUGGGGGAAACGCGGGAGCGUCUGUUUGACUUCUCUCGACCACCCAAGGGCCUUUACCGUCUCCACCCGCAGUCUCCAUCUGUUCAGCGGCAUGCACAUAUAUAUUUUUUGGGUUUCCGAUUGCUCUCUCGUCUUUUUUCUCCAGUCGAACUUCUUGACUUGUCGCUGACGCUGUGCUCGGCGAGUGCACUCCACAGUUUCUUGUCUGGCGUCUUGUCUCCUUGUCUUUUCGUACGGUCUUGGCUUGGCACAUUCGUCGCCUUUUUUUGGACGCUGGACGGCAUGUUCUCCGGCAGGUCCGCCUUUUUCAUCCCGCUCACAUCUUUCCUCGCUGUUUCGCGAAUCUGGCCAGUGUGUCAACUUGAGACUCCGCCGCAGUGCGUGUGGUGCCGCCGAGUCGCCCGCGAAAACGUCGCUUCUGUCCUCUCUCUACAGACGACGCCUCCCGUGGACAGAGACUCCGACGGAACGCGUUCCUUCAUCUUUUGUCACUCUCCCCCCCAGCCUUUCGUCUCCUCUUUCUUCGCGUUUCUCGCUCCCUCCGCUGCGUCCCUGUCCUUCUUCAGGCGGCUCGUGAGGAGGACGCUUCGUCGGAUCUCCUGCAUCCACCAUCGCCUUCCUCGACUGCUCACGACGGCUGACAGUGGUGAAACCGAUGUCUCACCGGGUCGCGGCCUGCGCCGCUCUUCUUGGCCAACGAUGGCGUCUUGCUGUGUAACUGUCUCCGCGUCUUCGACCGUCUCGAGGCUGUCAACUUCUCGCGUCCUCUCUGCGUUCUCCUCCUCUUGCCUGACUCACGCUUCUCUCCUGACUUGCGACAUCUGAAAGGCAUCGCCGAACACAGUCAGCGCGAAGUCCGCACAACCUGCUUGCCGUCGAUCUGAUGUUUUACAGUGUAUCGUUUUCCUCCAGGCGGCCGCAUGGCUUCUGUUUCUGUGUGACGGCAGAUCAACGGUACGCUCAGCGUCUCACUUUCCUUCACACUGUCGCUACUUUUACCCGCUUUCGUGUACAGACACUCCCCACUUCCGUCGCCCCUUCUCUCCUCAGUUUGUCUUUCUUUUGUCUCAUUUCUUCCCGAAUUUUCCCCUUUUUUCCACUACCAUCGUUUCUUACUGCCGUCACUCUUCGUUCUUUCCGCUUUUCCUUCAUUUCUUGUCUCUAAACAUGCGCGCAUUUGCGGCCUCGCGCCGCCGUACCGUCCAGCUCGACGGUGUCGGACGCCACGAGGCGCCUCUGGCCAUGCCCGGCUUCGACGCUGUCUCUUCGUCUGCCUUCUCUUCUGCGGUGACUUGUGCUCUUUCUCCUGGGUUUCCGUCGACCUCUCUGCAUCCCUCUUCUCUGCGCCCUCAGUCUCUGUUUUGCGGUCCUUCCAGCGGCGCCUCCGCCGUCCGUUCCGCCUUGCUCUUCAAGUUCUCUCUCUCCCGCCUCCUCCUGUUUCUGCUCCUUGCUCUUCUCCUUCUCGCCGUCCACCCUGAGAAGCCGGCGCCGGGCAGGCUUCCCGGCGUCGCUGCGGGUGCGGCGCCGAGUGAGCAGCCUCAGCUGAAGAUAGGUCCUGCGCAAGUGCUCCUGCCCUCGCCAGCUCAGGCGGCUGGUCGUCUCGCGUCCGCGUCGGUCUCCGUGCGAACGCUGCUGAUCGUCGAGAACGGCUCGUCUCUCGCGGCCGCGCCUUGCUUCUUCUGGUCGGUGCAGCAUCCCGACCUGAUCCGGGUUCUCCAUCCCGACUGCGCGCCUUCGCAGCCGGCGUCCGCCUGUCUCCUCCCCUCCACUUCGCUCUCGGCCAGCGGCGCGGGUGUCUGUCUCCCCAGAGUCCUCGUCGAGGCCUCGCAUCACACGCCGCAUAAGCGCGGUCGCUCCUGGAUCUUUGCCUCGCCGGGGCGGCCGGCGUCUUCUCCGGGGAGACAGGUAUCUCCCAGUGCGCUUCGGGUGCAGGCGGUCGUCGCGCCCAUCGCGCGAAUCGCCUUUCGGACGAGAGACCGACGCCUCGCAGUCGGUCAACUUGGAGACGUCGGCGUCCUCGCGUUCGACGAAGAAGGAAACAUUUUCACGAGCUUGCAGGGUCUGGUCUUCAUCUGGAAGUUCGAAGGCGAACGCGGCGUCCUCCAGGCUGAAGACAUCACCAGCGACGCCGAGGCGGCCUCCGCCACCCGCCAGUGGGUCGAGCGCUCCAGCCAGAGCGCCUCAGGUGUACAUACACCGGACAGCGCGGCGGGUCCGUUCUGGCGCAGCGACAUGCUUUUGGUCAGAGGUUUGAAGACGGGGAAGGCGACCAUCUCCGUGCGUCUUGCGGGCGACGAACACCGCCAUGUGGGCGAGGCGCGCGUUUCCUUCGUCGUCCACGAGCCUGUGCUUCUUCUCCCUGCUUUCCAGGUCUUGCCGCCAGCCGCAGUCUUCCAGUAUCGGCUUCUCCGCCUCCAGGAGAGCAGCGAAACGGUCUCUGGAGGCGGCGUCUCCAGCCUCGCUGUGUCGCGCCCGCGGAGCCCCGCCUUCCUCUCGCUGCCUGCGCCGCACAUUCAAUUCUCCGCCGACGACUUGUCGCUCUUCGACGCCGAGGACCGCCUCCCGCUGGCGCGCGCCGUCGCCGAUGCAGGAGCGUCAGCGAUCGUCGCCGUCGACCGCGCGGGACUCCUCCGCGUGGUGUCGCCAGAGUUUCCAGGCGAGGGCGAGAACGCUCGGCGCUUCGGACUCGAGGGAGCGAGUCUGCUGCGAGCCGUGGACACCCGCACCGGCGAGGAGCAGCAUGCAGAAGUCCAGGUGCUCGUUCCCUCGGCGCUGCGAGUCUUCGUGGACGACGUCGGCGAUCUCGAGCGCCAGCCGACGUGGAGCAGCCUCGCGGCGGCCGUCGAGAAGCAAGUUCGGAGUCUCGGCGAUGCGCAGGAGUCGCACGACGUAUUGCUGCGGAGACUGGUGGAGCGCGACUGGACCUUCGGCGGGGCAGGGGAGAGGAACUCGAAAGUCGACGCGUUCGCACCUCAGGAGGAACUUCGCAUGCGCCUCGUGAAGACAGGCAGGGCGAGACUGGGGGGGGAUGCCGCAGUUGACGAAGACGAAGAGGAAGACGACGUCCUGGUCCUUGUUCGGGGAAGAGAGUACCUUUUCAAAGUCGAGAUGCUCGCCCGAGGUUUGCCGCGGCUCGUCUCGAUCCCGAGGCAGCCAGAGACCGCACCGCGAGAGACAGAGACACUCGCGACAGAGACCCUCGCGACAGAGCCAGUUGAGAAGGAGGCGCGAGAGGCGUUGAGCCGCAGUCCGGUGGAAGAAGACUCGCAGUUCUUGGCGGUCGCCACUCCGAAAAACGCGGUGUUUCACUGGACAUGUGAAGACGAAGGUGAAGAAGAAGAGUCCGCAGAUGACGCCUCCGAGUCACGUCCGGAAUCGCAGAGCUGCGGCCUGCAGAGGAAAGGAUCUGGGCAACAGCAUAUGGCAUGGUUCUCGGCUUCUCAGCGGUCGCAGGGGCGCCUGACAGCCUCGCUGCUCCAUGUGGGGUCGCGCGCCUCGGGGGCGAAGGCCUUCUGGGAGCCGCCGGUCCCGCUGUCUCUGUCUCUUCGUUUCCGUGUGGUGGAUCCGGUCUUCCUCCUCUUCUUUCCUCGACCGCGAGGAGAGAGAGGAGAGGAAGAGCUCGGCGUCCGGCUCUCCUCAGACCAGCCGCUGCUGCUCCCUCCGUUGCACUCCUUCGUCGUCGAGCCAUGGGGCGGAUCAGGCGCGUACACGUUGACGUCGUCAGAUGCUUCGUUGAUUUCCGUGGACUCGCUGCCGGCGUCGCCUGAGUCCCCACCGUUUGAAUCGUCGCAGCUGCUUGCACCUUUUGUAUGGGGCGAGAAAGGUCUUCGCGCGGCACGUCCUUCUUCGAGGGACUCUCGACAGCGUUUUCGUCUGCAGAACCCAGCAGUGUCUGAUGGAGAGACAAGGAAACGUCGUCCGGGAGAGACCGGAGUCGUGGUGCUGCGCCUCGAAGACGCGCGACAGCCUCAGAAUGCCUUCGAGUUCCUCGUCGUCAUCGCAGAACCGGAGAGAGUGGAGAUUUCUCUCGACUCCUUCCUCAUUGGCGAGAGCCGGGCGAACGAGGACCAUGUGCGAGGGGACAUGCGCAGAGACGCCAGAGAGCGGCGCGGAGGCCAGGACGCCUCCGAGCGAAAUCGCCAAGAUGCAAUGCAAGCCAUCGCGAUCGUCACGGCCUUUGCUCGCAUUCCGUCGACUCUCGCGUUGCCGCCGAAGGUAUCGCAGUGGUUCGCGCAGCCUUCUCUCUCUUCUUCAGAAACGAGUUUGGAAGACGCAGCUCGGGCCGUACAACUCGCAGCUUCCGAGUGGGGGAAGGAACUUGACGGAGACGCGAAUGAGGUGUCGAGACACCCGCUCCAUCGCUUCCCCCUCCAGUUCGCGAACUGCACGAAUCUGAUUCCCCCGGCAGAGCAACGCGAAGAGAAGCGGCGCCUCUGGACAGACAAGCCAGAUAUCUUGAUGAUUCAGGAGCUGCGAGCAUCUGUUCCUUACACCUGUGGGGUGUUUCGGCUGACCGGAAAGGCCUCGGGAUCUGCGAGAGUCUUCUUUUCUCCCUCCGCCGCUCUGAGGGCAGGAGCGACAGUCGACGUAUUUCCUCCUCUGGAACUGUGGGUGCGUCUGGAUCGGCUUCUCCAUCCUCUCCCCGUGUCUCCGCAAGCGUCUCCGGACGCGGCAGCUCUCCAGGCUCCACGUUCAGCGAGAAGCGCAGAACAAGGCCUUCAAGAGAACGGCGGCGUCGAGCGCGACAGAGGCGCCGCCGGCGUUGAGCACCAGCGCCCGGCGGGAGACGCCUGUCCUACAUGCGCGUCGGCCCUGCUCUACAGCGCCCCCGUGGCUGCGCUCGCGGCCGGCGCCUCUUUGAGCGGGAACGCGCGAGAUGACAAUGUCCUUUCUCUCGCCGUCGGCGCAUCCCUCACCUUCUUCACCAAGGGCGGACCGCCCGAGAGACCUGCGGUGUACACGCAGGUCCGUAGGGGAGAAGUCGAACGCGCCGACCAACAAGGCACUGCUGCCGAGGUCGCGAUUCUUAACGGAGACCGCAGUGUCCGCGUUGUCUGCCUCCGGCCUGGAGAUACGCCUGCGAAAAUCCUCUUGGAAGUCUCUAAUCGACCCAAGCAAGGCGUGCAUGUACACUCCGUCUCGACGUCAGUCAGACUGUCGAUCGUCUGUUCCGUUCCUCGCCACCUCGAAAUCUUUCCACUGCCUGCCUUCUCAACUCCGAGCGCGACCGUCGCGGCUCCUGAACCCGUUACGUUCGCAGCCUUCCCUGUUGCCCCGGCGGCCGCCUCCCCACAGGUGUCUCCAGUGUCUCCUUUCGCCUCCGCGCCGAGUCUCUUUCUGCGCUGCGGCGCGACCCACCGCUUCGUGGCGGUCGCGUACGACGCCCUGUUGCAGCCUGUGGUGAACGCAACGUCCUUCGCGGCGUCGAGCGCGUGGAGCCUAGCUGGCGACGAGGGCGCGACCGCGGAGACAGGGCCGAAGGGGGUGUCUCUGGUCUCCUUUUUCGACUUGGAGACUCGCGUCGGUCGGGGGAACUCGCGCGUGGAUGAGCGCCCCAGAGACGCGUUCAUCGGCUCCGCCGAAGCGGCCGCCGUGCAGGUGGACUCGACGUCUUGCUGUGGGGUCCACAGACUGUCUGUUCACCUGCAGUGGCCGACCGCCGAGAGCAUGGCUGGGGACACCGCGCUGCGGCAAGAAGACCAGGCGUUGCUGCUGCGGAGUUUGAAGGAAGCUCGAGAAGCUCUUCACGAAAACGGCAGCACAACCUCAGCGUGGAGGGACGAUCUUCUCUCGUCCACUCUCUCUCUGGUUGUGUUGCCGCCUCCGCGUUUUCUCGCGUCGAACGCGUUUCUCCCGGGAUUCUUUCCGCCCGUAAAAGAAGCUUCAUUCGCACCUCUGCGGCUCUUCUACCAUCCGAAAAUGGUCUAUCGUCUCCUCCUGCAGUUCACCUCGCCUCAGACCCGUCUCAAGGUCUUGCCUGCCUCUUCUGUCUCCGCUGUCUCCUCGACCGCGCCGUUUCGGGUGUACACGGAAACGCCUGGGCCGCGGCUGCUGGCAGACGCAAACUCAGGCGUCUGUUCUGCGUUAUCUCCGGAGGCGACGGUGCAGCGUUUUUCUUCGCUCUUUCGCCACCUGUUCGACUCCAGAGACCGCAGCGCAUCCAAGAAGGAGAGGCCGCUGCCGGCUCUCCCUCGAGAGGGCCUGGAUGUCGCGACUCUUGUUCUCGGCGCGACGCAAACAGAGAGAGAAGGAGACUUGGCGUCUCCACUUCUCCGUCUCGAGCCCCCGUUCUCGUGGCCAACCCAGGAGGUCUGUUCCCCUUCAUGUCCUGUGACGAGUCAGGAGGUUUUCGUUCUUCCCUCGGAAGAAGUCGGCCGAGAAAGCAGCGGCGGCUUUGUCGCCUCAGGCCUCCUCGCAGUCGAUGACGUCAGCGUCCUCGGCGACCAUCCGCGUUCAGAGCGUCUCUUGGCCGGGCAGAAGAAAGAGACGCGACCGGCGCUCGAGCUGCAGUUUUUCCGCGUCGCGCGUGUGUCUCUGGCAGUGUCGCCUCCAGCGACGCUGCUGGGAAGUGAGCAGGCAGAGGGAGGCGAGCAGGGAGGCGAGCAGGGAGGCGAGCAGGGAGGCUGGAUUCAGGGUGCCUGGGGGGAAGUCGAAAAAGGCAAGGCGUAUGGUGUGAAAGUGAGGGCGUUCGCCGCAGACGGGAAGCGCCUCGCGCCUGCCUUUUACCCGGCGAUGGACUUGACUCUGACGAUUUCGAAAAAGCGAAAAACGCCGCGCUCAGAGACACUUCAGACCGCCUCCCAAGGCCGCGAAGAGACGCCAGAUGCAACCACUCCCGGCUGGCUGUACGUACACCGCGUGCGAGACGGGCGGCUUGCAGAAGCCCAGCAGGUCGAGGCGCAGCUCUCAAAGGAGGAAACAGAUAUGUCUGCAACUGUCUCCUUCCGACACAAAACGAGGAGCUUCGACUUCUUUCCUUCUCGUCGUGGAAGUCACUCGCACGAACGGAAACCUGGGCAAGCGGAAGUCGAGGCUCUGGUGUCGGAAACGAGAUGUGGAGAAAGGUUCAAGCAAAACUGCCCAGACUUCUUUUUCUUCGUCGACGGCUUCGAACCUGACGCGGAGCUCGUCCUCUCGGUCCGGGCCGUGAACUGGGAACCUGCGCUCUCUACGCAUGCGUCGGGUGUAUCUACGCCUGUCAGCGCCGAGAUGACGCUCGCGCUGUAUCCACCGCUCCAGGUCUCUCCCGCCUCUCUCGUUCUGCUUCCCGGCGGUCACUCUCUUCAACUGACCGUUCGCGGAGGCCCCUGCAGACGCAGAGACAGCCGCAGUUCCGAGAGGGGGGGAUCUUCGCGCCUCAGCGCAGUCCGCGGCUGUGUCUCCUCGGACUCAGCUGUAGUGGCCGCUCAGGUCGUCGAAGACGGCGGCUUCGUCCUCACUUCCGACGCGGCAAGUGAGGAGUCGAGAGAGAGAAGAGAGAGAGGAGACACACUGGACGAAACAGAGUUUCGCGUCGUGGAACUCGUCACUGGAGAAGAGGGCGCAGCUGUCGUGACCGUGCAUGCAGGCGACCCGACCGCCGAGGAGACAGCUGUCUCCGCACCGCGAACGCGCCUCUUGCGGCGCGCUGCAGCAACGGUGCAAGUGUUUGUGGCUCUGCCGACGCGUGUGGUUGUGCGACGGUCUGUGUCGGGGGGAAACGGAUUUGUCGGCGAGCCAGGUCGUAGUCUCCACCGACUCGACGCCGCGCGCAUGGGAGCGCUGGAACGAACCCCCGUUGAGAGGGGCGGCGAGGGGGAAGCAGCACGCAAAGGAGACUCUUUUUUGCAAGAAGAGACUCUGCAGCUCGGCCUGGAGAGCGUCCAGAAACUGCAUGCGCUUCUCUACGACUCCGAGGGCAGAGAAUUCAACUUGGGUCACCUGACGGCGCCCACAGGCCGUCUCGCGGGUCCUGGCGUGGACAGAGCGACCUCGGAAGGUCAACGAAAGCUUCAGCUCUUCGGCCCUUUCGCUGCUCUUCCGCCAGCCACUGCGUCGGUGUGUACGUACAGCUGGCGGGUGGUGGAGUCGAGCUCCGUCGUCGGUUUGCUGGAUCCGAGCGCCAUGGACUUGUUCUCUGAGCUUUCUGGCGCCGCAUGCACGAAUGCCUCUGCUCUGCCGCUGCCUGCGGCUGCUGCAAGCCUCCGGCAGUCUCUGUCAGGAAGCUUGCCGAGUGUCUCCGUCGUCGGCUUGAGAUCAGGGACAGCUCGUUUGCAUCUCCGCGUCGAGUGCUCUGCCAGACGACAGCGAGACGGAAGCCGCGCAGCGAAAAGCAGUUUCCUGGAAACAGAGGUUUCGAUCGUCGUCUCCCCGUCUCCCUUCUCCCCGACUCCUGCGUCCUCCCAGAGUCUUCUGGAUUCUCCGCUCUCGUCCUUCUCGACUGUCGCCUCUGCAGUCGCAGGUCUCUCGCCGCUCCCGGCUACGAAGCCGUCUGGUCCCGAAUGGUGGACAGAACUUUUCUCUUCUCCUCGCUCUUCUGUCUCUUCUUUUCUCUUUUCCGCUUCCCCUUCUUCGCUCUCCUCGCCGUUGCUGGUGGCGCCUGCAGCGGAGUAUCGCCUGCCGUGCUGUGUCCUGCGCGUCCUUCCUCUGCCGGAUGCUGCGUGCGUCUGUGCGUCGAGGCCGCGGGAGGCUCUGCCGAAGGCUCCCGAAGCAGCUCGAGAGUCAGGCCUGGAAUCUGAGGUGAAAUGCUCCUGUGCAGAGCCAACUGCUCUCCAAGUGCUUCCCGGCGACGGCGGCUUUGUCACCUCGUCCUCCCUGGCUGCCGCGCUGCUGAAGAUUGAGGCCCGACCGGCCUCCCGCGCCUUCGCUGCGCGUCCUCCCGAGGCAGGGCGAACAGACAAGGACUCGAGAGAAGAAGGUGAGGCGAGGGAUCAAGCCUUGUGGCUCACCGCCAGAGUAGAUGUGACUCCCGUUGCGAGCGUCGAACUUCGCCUGCGGGAGAGGACGAUGGGCCUCGGCGGCCGACAACGCGUCGAGCUUCUUCUGAAAGAUGCACUGGGACGCCGCGUCCUGCCCCCGACAGACAUUAGACUGGACGUGUUCUCCUCGCACCCUUCGGUGAUUUCCGCGGAGGUGGAGGCCGGGGACUCGUGGCAUCCCUUUGGAGCGCCAGUCGUGGCGCUGCAGGCGUCUGCGACUCAGGCAGGAUGCGCAGCCGUCACUGUGUUCCUUCUCGCUCCUGCCUUCCUCUCCGACACCGUGCUCGUCUGUACAGACAGUCGAGCGUCUCCGUCGCCGGGCGUUGCGCGUCGUCUCGCCUCCGCCGAGGCAGUCCCCGUACUCCCGGGGUCCGUCGUGCAUGUGCUGCCAGACUCCAGGGUGUACGUCCACCGCGUGAGGCCGCAUCUGUCCUUCAGGCUGACUUUCCGCCUGCAGCCGCUGCUCUCGGCGCUGCUUGCUCUGGGGGCGAAGGGUGCUCUAGGGACGGCGGGGGGAUCUGCAGGCCCGCCGGUGCAUCUGUUCCCCGACUUUGUCUGGCAGGAGGUGCAACAAGUCGCCGCUUCUUCCGGGUGCGUCUCCGUGCAUGCGGUUGCCCGACUCGUGGAUCGCGUCGCGCCCUCGCUUGCCCAGAGUCUCCACCUCUCGCUCGCAGGUUUGUUCAGGCUGCUGAGACGCCCGGCGUCCUUGUUUUUCGAAGCCGCCUCCACCUUCUCCCCGGCCUUCUCCGUCGGAGAGCCGCUGCUGCACUUCAGCGAGGAGACAGAUGCACAACAGCCUCAGCGCUUCGCACUCUGUACCGGGCGGCCCUCUUCCCGGCCGACUGCCUCGAGUGCAGGCGCUUCUUCGCCGGCUCUCGUGGCGUCUUCUCUCUCGCUCAAGGUCACUCUGAACGAUGUGCCAGCUGUGCUCGCGGCUCUGGUCUCCAAAAAAGAGGAGAGCGAGGGAGGAAAGGCUGACGGCGAACUCAGCGACUUCCUCCUUCGAGUCGACGGCGUGAGCGCCUUCUUCUCGCUGCUCAGGAAACAGUUAGCCAGCGCCUGGUGGCGCGAGCAGCAGGUGUACAGACGGCAGAAGGAAGCGAGUGAGGAGAGCUGCGAACCGAGACAGAGCGCGAGGUCUCGUGCGGCGACUCCAGACGACAACAGACAGACGGCCGACCUUCAGGACGAGAGCGGGGUACACGCCGCUGCCGGCUGUACGUACACCCUGUUCGGCAGGGCCCAAGACGUCCCGUCGUCGGUCACCCUGUUCUUCUCUCUUGUGGGUUUCCUCGACUGGUCUGCGAGUUUCUCGCCGUCCACUCCUGUGCAGGCCUCGCUCUGUUCUUCGCCGUUCUUUGCCUGUCCGACCGCUCACGCCGUCUGGAACUCCUCGCGCCCAGCCGUCGCCAGUGUACAUACACCUCGAAUCGUCCCUGCUCGUUUGUUCGCGUCUGCGGCCUCAAACGCCGCAGCGCCCGACGUCUCCGACGUGGAGGGACCGACGGCCGUCGCUCUGGCGCCUGGCCUGGCGACCAUCUCGGCGAACAACUCUGCCGUCCUCCGCUUGGGUGUGCUUCCAUCGCCAGAUUUGGAGCGCGACGCAGGGCGCGCCAGCGAGUUGGGAACUCAGGAAGCCUCGAAACUUCGUCUCCUAGCGGCGGCAGGCUGUGCCGGCCACUUUGUGGAGAAGACGGAGUCGCAGAGAACGCCGCUGUUGACCGUCGCUUCUGCAGCGUGGAUGGCCUUGAGCGGAAGCGAGAUGCUUUCGGUGUCUCGCCUUCAGAGCUUGGGCGCAUGCGCGACAGAAGAAGUAGGAGGUCGGAGGGGAGAACUGUUCUUCUCGUCAUUCUCGUCGCGGAUUCCUGCAACAGAGACGAAGACUCCCAACAACCGAGAAGAACCAAGCGCUCUCUUUUCGCCUCGAGGUGAAGUGCUCUUCUUCCGUCUGCAGGCGUCUCCGAGCGCCGGGACUUGGACAGACGUCGCCUCUUCGGUGUACGUACAGUCGAGCGGCAGCGUCCAGUGCGCCGUGAGCGACCCACGUCUGGCGCCGCUGUUUGUGGCGGAGACGACGCAGCUCCCGCUGCUGUCUUUCGAGAGCGAAGAAAGGAGGAAAGCCGUCGGGGUGCGCCUCUCGGAGCAAGGGAGAGUCUCUGGAGCCGUCGAGUUCGACGACGAGGGCGAUCUUCUCGUGGCGCAUGCAUGUGCACUUCAGGAACGCCGACUUCUGUCUGUGAGGUCGGAUCUGCCUCGUCUCCUUCGUCUCUCGACCCCGGGCGUCGUCGCCUCUGUUGCACCCAGCGAAACGACAACUCAUGGACCUGCACCUUCGUCUGUCGCGCUGCCCUGCGGACCGGCGACUCUCUCAGCUUCCCAGAGCUCUUCUUCUCUCCCCAAGUUCUCUCUGCCGGUGUCUGUGAGUCUGCAGACUUCGCGUGCUUCGCGGCUUCUGGCCUUCUCGCCAGCGCGUCUCCUCUCCCUGGCCGACGAGCGGGGCGCCGAGCGAGACGCUGAGACUCUGCUACGUCAGCGGGCUCGGUAUUUGUUCGAGACUUUUGCGGUGCAGACUCCCAGAGGCGCUCGACCCGAUGUUGCCCAGUCUCGCGUCCUCCAGAGUGCGUGUCUCGCCCUGCCGUUCAAACCGAAGAUGCGAGUUCUCUUCGACGCUCGCUGCAUGAGCCUGGCCGCGCCCCAGGUCGUCUACGUGAAGGCGACUCAGAGGCAGAAGCUCGGAGACGGCGAGGGACAUGAAUCCGAGAAAGAGAGAAGCGAGGAGCUCGAAGACUUCUUCAAGGAGGCGCAUGCGCUCGGCAGCCUCGGUGACGAGCGCCAAGCCUCUGUACACGAAGAGAGGAGUGACGACCCUGCGAGAGGCUCUGCUGCGCUUCACGCGACAGCCGAGACAGGCGCACAGCUCCCAUUGACUCUUUUCGUGUAUCCGGUGCCUCCUGUCGCCGCCGACAACGCAGCUGCUGCGCCAGAGCAGAGUCGAAAUCGUGUCUCUGUCGACGUCAGUGUCUCCUCAGAGGCGUACACUGUCCAGACACAGCAGCGGGGCCUGCUGCUCGCGAUUCGUGUCUCGGCUGCGACGUCGCCGACGCACCUCGCAAGUGGUGACAGAGCGAGUCGGCACCAUAAGCGAGAAGCGAGCACGGGGAACUGGAGUGUAUGGACAGCGCCAGAGGCCGCGCAGCUCACGAUCGAGUCGCGAGAGUGGAGACAGAUCGUCUCGCUGUCGCUCGAGCCCGCGGGUGCAGUCCGACAGCGAAGGGAGGAAAAGGGAGAAGAGACGCUGCUGUUCCCCUCAGCCUUUUUCUCCUCAUCGUCAGAGCGACCUCUGCCUGGUCACGAGAGCGAGAGAGUAACCGGCGCGAGGUCGGAGGACCGCAGAGAAUUGAAGAGAGAGGUGCAGUUCGAGCAAGAAGAAGAUUCCACGCAGUCGCUCGGCGAGUGGCUUCUUCUUUUGCUGCUGCUUCUCGGCGGCGGCUUGUUCCUGCUGCAUCGUUACUGGGACUUCUUUCGGGGCGCGGCCUUUCAGUCGCAACCUCUGCCUCCGCGCGACGAAACCGCUGUCGACAAAGGUGGAUUCGGGACGAGUGCACCUGAGAAAUCUGUUUAUCCAGGACUGGGAGAAAAUUCUCUGUUGAUGAGAGAAAAGGCGAGACUUCAGGCCGCGCGACAAGCAGAUGCAGAGGCUCUAAGCAACGCUUUCUCGACGCGCUGUAAGGAUGAACAACUCAGCGCCCGUGUACGUACACCCCAACAGAAGCUGCAGAUGCAGCCCGAUGGCCAGUGGAAGUGGGUCGCGUAGAAUAGACCCGUGAACGCAGACCUGUCUGUUCUGGUGCGCAUUCUCCUUUUUGGAGACACACGAGCAGUCAGGAAAGACAGCAGACGCGUUUUUUCUCGAGGAAAUGAGAGUUCUGUGGAGACGCCAGAAACUGCGCAGUGGAACAGGGGGGAUGUGCUUGCUGUCUAGACAAUGGGUGAGAAAAAUCCUGCGUGUGACUCUUUGAAGCAAGCUGUGAAAGCACUCGAGACACGAGCAGCAGAGAGCAGAGAAGAAAGAGAGGUUGGUGACACGCAGUCAUUUUUGGGGUGUCGAGAACGUAUCAGUGAAACCUCAGUGGCGAAACUCAUUUGAUUACCAGAAAAACAGACACGAUUUCCCUUGAUUGAAUCGUAUGCCUUUGCCGGGGCAGCGAAAAUCUUUUGAAAGCUAACAAGAACGAAAAGCCACUUUCCUGCUAAAAUGUCGAAAAAGUGAACGAGCGGCUUCUUGGAAUCCAGGGCAUGUUAACUUUCUGCGCGGGGUGACUCCAUUUGUUUUAACUGCGUGCAUUAGUGUCGGCUUCUGUAUGUUGAGGAGUAAGUCUGGGCUUUUGACCAAGCGCACUUGCUGUACAGCUGAUGGGAAGUUCUUGGAAGCAAGUUUCUGCACCAUGCAAAGAAUGUUCUGCCUGCUUCGAUUUUCCUCUAGGAAGGUGGCCUCUCGGCGAGACCAGCGCCUCGCCUGGUCAAGAGAGUUCUAGAUUUCUGUGUCGGGGACAGUGGUAGAUAGGGUGAAUGGUGUUUUCUAGCGUCUUUACGCGAUUUCCAGCGCGAUGGUGCGCGGUACAAGCAACAGACUGAAGUUCUCUCCGGUAAAUAGUAUCAAGACGCAAGAAUGCCUCUAAAAGCUGUCCCCAAAGUCGAGGUAGACACUCUGGAGUCGUUAUCACAAGAAGGCGGAGCAUAUAAAUGCUCCUCCCUCCAUGCGUUGAUUCAGUUCACCAUGCGAAGUCGAAAUACCACUGGUCGACGCAGACAAGACCGCCAGAUCGUAACUCGACCCGUCGUGGUGUGUCAGGCAGCUAGGUCGCACAAACGCGCCAGCAACUGAAGAGAACGGUGGAGAAAGUCAUCGAGUGGACUGACUGCAGUGUCUGGCGUGAAGGGUGAAUGGAGCGUGGCUAAAUCGAUUACCGUUGAUGUAUAUAUAAUGUUCUUUCGCAUUCGGCAGAAAGCAUGGGAAAGCAUCACGCAGCGUCUUGGCAAUCACGGAAAAGGACACUACAGUGACGGGGGCCACCGGAAGUGGCGAGUGGGUUUCAACACUAUGUUGUAUGCCGUCAACAAUAUCUUGCAGAAUGGGGAGAGGCUCGCGGCAGUGAGGACGCUUGCCGCACUGAAUCGGCAACGAAGAGAGUGUGUGCACUGUAUCUUUCUUCUAAACCGUGCAGGCUCAGUCGAUGUGGACUUUCCUCCCAUGUGCAUCGUUCUUUUUUCCUUUUGGGAGGAAACGAGGAUGCCCUGGUUUUUUUUUUCGCGAUGAAGCAAGACGUGCAAACUCGAGCGUGG